AUGGAAUUAUUAGAAACAUUAAAAGCAUCAUCUCCAGUUUUUCCAAACGAUCUUUCAAGAAUUAUUUUUGUUAAAAAGGAAGAUUCUAUUGAAAAAGGUUUUAAAGUUUUAAUUGAUAAUAAUAUAUUGGCAGCACCUGUAUAUGAUGAGAAGGAAAAGAGAUAUGUUUCAUUCUUUAGCAUGGUGGAUCUCAUUUAUGAGAUCUUGGACAUUGUAGAAAGAGAAAGUCUUCCAAAAGGUGACAUCUCUUCUGUGAUGACAAUGCUAAACGAUAAGAAUCUCUUUUGCAAACAAAGAAUCACCGAUAUUGCCAAUAUUUCAAAGAGAGAGCCUUUUAUCAUUGUAAACGCUGAGAAACGAUUGGAUGAAGUCGCAAGAUUAAUGUCAAAGAACAAAAUUCACAGAGUCGCUGUACUUGAUUCAAGAGGUGAAUUAUGUAAUGUUAUUUCAUUGUCAAGAAUAAUUGAAUGUGCAUCACAAUUAUUUGGAAUUGAUAAUCAAUUAACAAAGAUUGGUGAAAAGACUAUAAGUGAGUUGAAUCUCGGAAGAAAUGAAGUAAUUACCAUUAGUUCCGAUAAGAGAGCGCUGGAUGCCUUCAAAACCAUUGCAGAGCUUGGUAUCAGUGGCAUCGGUGUGUUGGAUAGUGGUGGACAUCUCUGUGGUGUAAUCAGUGACCAUGAUCUCAAUGUGAUCAAAUCGCAUUGCCAAUAUCUCAGUCUACUCUACUUGCCUAUCUGCGAGUACUUGGAUGCCAUGAAGAAGCUUACCAAUUCACCAAAGCACGUUAUCACAUGCACCUACAAUGAAACCUUCAAAGAGGUCACCCAAAGAAUCGCUGAGAACAAGAUUCACAGAAUUUUCAUUGUAAAUGAAGAAAAUAAGUUAAAAGGUGUUAUUUCAUUGUUGGACAUACUCGAACAAAUAGUAUGGGCACAGAAACUUCAUGAAAACUAA